AGUGCGGGGGUGGGGGCAGGCUGGAGGCCGGGUUCAGCGGGACUCCAUGUCCCCCGCGCAACACCAUGUCCACCACCACCCCGAAGUGGUUCAAAGGGGCGCCCUUCGGGGUGCAGAGUCACAGGUUUGAUGUCUCCUCUGUUUAUCCUAACAAGAAGAAGUUAAGCACCUUCACAGAGGCCCCGUACUCCAGGCAUCAUUCUGUGGAACAGUCCCAUAUAGGACCUGGGACCUAUAACUCCAAGGAUACGUGCUUCAGUAAGAAGUUUCUGGAACAGAAGUUGGGCACGGGCUGGGCUCGGGCCCAAGAAGCCACUCGGCUGACCCAGCUACCCCACUUCCAGUACCAGUCCAUCAUGAAGGAAAGACAGCAGCAGGUGCACAAGCUGGGGCCUGGCUCCUACAACUUCAAAGACUUCUUAACCCAGCUGCAGCAGAGACCACAGAGCAGGCGCGGACUGCUCAGCUCCGGGGAGACCCGCUUCCGAGGACUCAUCGGGAACUAUUAUCCAGGCCCUGGAAACUACGGGGAGAAGGGUAACCCAUACACGCGGCUGGAGGAGAAUGCCUGGAACCGCUCUCAUUCCGAGGGCCUCAUGUGUCGGAUGUCCAACAAGCCGCCCCCCUUAUCUCACCAGGGCAGUGGCCUGGGACCUGGGACCUACACCAUCAAAAGUGACAUUGAGAGCUAUGUGGCACGAUCCACUGGUACUCGUGGCCCCUAUGACAUUUUCUCUGGUGAACGAAGCAAGCCUGUGCCCUAUGGACAUUAUUCCACACAGAAAAAGAAACCCCGGGAACCAACGAGUUAUAAGAGCUUCGUGGACGAACUUAACUCAGCUCAAAACAAGAAACGUGGGGUUUUUUCAAAAUAUCCCCGAGAACCGAAAAAACCCACAGAGAGAAUUUUUUGGACCACCCUUAGUCAGUACCCCAGAAAUAUGGAUAUAGCUGGCCCUGGUUCUUGGACUCCUCAUGAGACGGAGCAGAAACACGUCAAUCGGCCACCAUUCCUCCUGGCCUCCAAGCGCUCAGGCAAUAAGGCCUACCAGAUGAUUAUGGGAAGCUGGAACCCAGUUGGGGUAGGCCGCUACCUCAACACCACGCUAUUGGAGACCAAAGACAGCCGGCAGCGAUACCGUUCUCUGUUCCUGAACGGAUCCAAGCGCUACCUGGAAGACCCAAGCCGAGACCACCUCCUGCAGGAACGGAUUACACCUUUUACAAAGGGCAAGUGCCCUCCCACUGUGGAUUACAAUUCAGAUCCUGUUCCUUAAAGCCACACGAGGAGGACCACCUGAUGCGCCCAGAGGGCCCAAGGCCUGAAGAGAAAUCUUGGCAUGGGAGGAUGGGAAAGGAAGCAGGGGCCUCGGAGAAUGCCUGGGGGAGGGGAGAGACCAGGAGGGUCAUCUUUGCGGUGGCCCUGUGGCCCAAAGUCACAGAGUCUGCUGGGACAGUUGGGGGCCAGGUAUCUUGUUACAAGAGAUCCAUUGUCCUGAGCAUUCCAGUCAGCUGGUGGCAUGAAUUUGGGAGCCAGACAGUAGGUGGGGGGGAGAGGGGCAUGUGGGUGACUCCCUGGAAACCUUCCACUGUUAAGCCAGAGCGUGGGUACCCAGCCCAUUGUCCCAGAGGAGGUGGGAGGGGAACAUUUGCCAUGCAGCAGUCUAGGCCCCUGCAGGAACACCCCACCUCCACACUAGGAUGCUUCUGGAAGCUCACCAGGGCUUCCUGCAAGGAGGAGGCUGCUGAUCUCCAGACAGGGGCCAGCAACUGAAAGAGCCUCUGCACCCCAGAGUCAGCACUGUGGGCACACAAGUAUAGUCAGGUGGGUCUGUGGGGGCCGAGUGACAACUUCCUGCCUUGCUUUCUUCGCUGUUUACAUCAAUGAGAGCUGAGUGGGGGUGGGGGGGUGAGGGUUGUCCCCAGAGAAGAGGGUGCUGGGACCCAGUGGACUCAGCCACAGACCUCACAUAAUAAAGCACAGUAGAUCCUUCCUCCAGAGCGGGUUUUGUCUCCCCAGUUGCGGCCUCACUUGUGCUAAAGAGGCUGUUGUGGGCGGAGGGAAAGUGUCUCUAUUCACAGAGAUAACUGAAUCCUCUCUGUAAAAGCUGACCCCGCUGACUCUUCAAACUGGCCUGAUAGUUAAUUCAUCAAGGUAACAGGAAAUAAGAUCAGUCUAUCCGAUGAACUCUCCAUAGACUAGAAAACACAGCGCUGCACACUGAAAUUUAAAAUGUCAUCUGUAGCAGCUAGGGAGCCCCUGACGCUGCCUAUUGGGGUUAGAGCA